CCUGGACGAUAAAUAACUUUCUUGGAGCACAGGUGGCACCUAAUGUGCUGCUCACAGCUUGGCUCUAGCAGGGUUGCUUGUUUUCGUUACUUGCCUUGUAAGCAAGAAGGUUUCUCUCUCUCUUGCAGAGCUUGGGUGUAGGGGUAGGAAACUUCUUUGAAUAGAGGUGAAUCCAAGUGUCUCCCUCAAACCUUGGCACUGCAGUUGCAACAUCUACCAUCACUGCUUGGAAAAAACCAUCUGGUGCAAUCAAGGCACUGCACAGAAGAGCAUGGAGAAAUUCAGAAGUAUUUUUCUUUUGUGCCUUGGCUUCCUCCUAGUCCAUGUGAGAGGUCAAGAUGAUUUUGAUUUAGCUGAUGCCCUUGAUCACCCUGAUGACAUCAUCACCAGGAAACCCACAGUGAUCAGAAGACCGACAAGACCUGUGUACAACAACGAUCUGCAUUUAGGAGAUGCUCUUGGUGGGGGUGACAUCUCAAGAAAACCUUUAUACCCACCUCUUCCACCACGCCCAGGAAGCUAUGGCAAUUCUGGAGGUUUUGAUGACUCAGAUCUGAUUGGCGGAAAGCCUUUACCACCAGGAGAUCAGGAGCAUCAUUUCAAUCAUGGAGCGAACACAGAUUCAGGUUUAAUUGCUGGAGUUACAUCUCCUGUAAUUUCUGCUUUUGUGAUACUGAUUGUUGGAUCCAUAGCAGCCUACACUGCUUACAAGAAUAAGAAACUCUGUUUCAAACCACGCGGUGGGGCUGCAGUGUAAAGCACUGCAAGAAGAGUUGCUGUCUGAUCACAGGCUCCUUUGGUUGGUGACAUUCUACACUGCCAUUCUGACAGAAGAAAAUCUUCCCCUAACGAAUGUUUUCUUGAGACAUUGCAGUCCUGCUCUCUGUAACCUGAUGUCACUUUUGCACCUCAAGCUUUAUGUCAUCAAAAAUAUGCUUAAGACAUCCAGGGAUUGUAUUGCACUCUCUGACCUGCAUUCAUAAAGGCUGGAUACAGAUUUUGACUCAGAAGUUAUCAUAAACAACAAAGAAAUCAAGUUUGAUAUAAGCUAAAAAUCAAAGGAUUCAGGUUUGUGAGGAUUUGAGUCACCGAAUAUUUUUUUUUUCUGUUUUCAAAAUUAGCCAAAAAAACCCUCAGUCCUUCUGAUAGAAUAGGAAUAAGGAGUUUGCCAUUUCCUUUCACACCUGUUGGGUUUCUCCAGUAUAUUUCUGUAAUGUUUACUAUGUUUAAAGAAAAUUUGUAGUUGUCUAAAGGAUUAAAAAUUUGAAUGCCUUUACUUUGUGUUUAUGUGUGAAUUUUAGCAAAGUGAAAGGAACUAUAGCUAGAAAAUGCAUUCUUAAUUUUACAAUAUACUGAAAAGAUUAUGUAUAUUGAUAAACCACUGUUUAAAAUAAAACAGAGAGGAAUACAUGCUAAUUUUAUUUAUUUAUUUAUUUUAUUGAUUAAAUACUGAUCUGGUGUUUAGCUCUUCUCAGGAACUAGAAUUUUACAUGAGUUUCUUUUCUGUUCUUGAAAACUUAGGCCUGACUCUAGGAACCUUUGAAGGUACUAAUCUAGAAAGAUUUUUUUUUAAAAUAUUAUUUAUAACUUCUGAAAAUGGAAAAUGGGUACAAAGAUUUUUC